CCCUACACUAAGUCCGCCAGCCAGACAAAGCCGCCUGAUGGAGCAUUGGCUGUGAGGAGACAGAGCAUCCCAGAGGAAUUCAAGGGCUCCACGGUCGUCGAGUUGAUGAAGAAGGAAGGUACCACCCUUGGCCUGACAGUAUCUGGAGGAAUUGAUAAGGAUGGCAAGCCGAGAGUGUCUAAUCUGCGGCAAGGAGGCAUUGCUGCCAGAAGCGAUCAGCUGGAUGUGGGUGACUAUAUCAAAGCAGUGAAUGGAAUCAACCUGGCCAAAUUCCGCCAUGAUGAGAUCAUCAGUUUGCUAAAGAAUGUUGGGGAAAGAGUGGUCCUUGAAGUCGAGUAUGAGCUCCCUCCAGUCUCUGUACAAGGAUCAGGUAUCAUUUUCCGAACAGUGGAGGUCACGUUACAUAAAGAAGGCAACACCUUUGGGUUCGUAAUACGAGGGGGAGCGCAUGAUGAUAGAAAUAAAUCUCGUCCAGUUGUGAUAACAUGUGUUCGUCCUGGAGGGCCUGCUGACAGAGAGGGCACGAUCAAACCUGGGGACAGGCUGCUCAGUGUGGAUGGAAUUCGGCUUCUUGGAACCACGCACGCCGAAGCCAUGAGUAUUCUUAAACAGUGUGGACAAGAGGCAACGCUGCUGAUAGAAUAUGAUGUCUCAGUCAUGGAUUCUGUGGCAACAGCAUCUGGACCACUAUUAGUUGAAGUUGCCAAAACUCCUGGUGCCAGCCUUGGGGUUGCCCUAACUACCUCGAUGUGCUGUAACAAACAAGUCAUUGUCAUAGACAAAAUAAAAUCUGCAAGCAUUGCUGACAGAUGUGGGGCGCUGCACGUGGGGGAUCACAUCCUGUCUAUUGAUGGAACCAGCAUGGAAUACUGCACAUUAGCAGAAGCAACCCAGUUCCUGGCUAACACCACUGACCAGGUCAAACUUGAGAUUCUCCCCCAUCAUCAAACCCGCCUGGCCCUGAAGGGACCUGAACACGCAGCUUUGGUGUCUUCAUCCUUCUCUCCUACCUCCAUGAGUGCAUACAGCCUGAGUUCCCUGAAUAUGGGGACUUUACCUCGAAGCCUCUACUCUACUAGCCCACGAGGAACCAUGAUGAGGCGGAGACUGAAAAAGAAAGACUUCAAAAGCUCGUUGUCUUUAGCCUCCAGUACCGUCGGCUUGGCUGGGCAGGUAGUCCACACAGAAACAACGGAGGUGGUGCUGACAGCUGAUCCGGUCACAGGAUUUGGAAUACAACUGCAGGGCAGUGUGUUUGCCACGGAGACACUCUCUUCCCCACCUCUGAUUUCCUACAUUGAAGCUGACAGCCCAGCAGAGAGAUGUGGAGUGCUACAGAUUGGAGACAGAGUGAUGGUCAUUAAUGGAAUCCCAACUGAAGACAGCACCUUUGAGGAAGCCAAUCAGCUCCUUCGAGACUCUUCUGUCACUAACAAGGUCACACUGGAAAUCGAGUUUGACGUUGCAGCACCAUCCAGUAGAAAACCUGGGGACCCCCUUGUCAUUUCAGAUAUCAAGAAAGGCAGUGUGGCUCACAGAACCGGGACCCUGGAACUGGGGGAUAAAUUACUUGCAAUAGAUAACAUCCGGCUGGACAACUGUUCCAUGGAAGAUGCAGUUCAGAUCCUCCAGCAGUGUGAAGACCUGGUGAAGCUCAAGAUCCGCAAAGAUGAAGAUAAUUCAGAUGAACAAGAAAGUUCUGGAGCAAUUAUUUACACCGUGGAGCUUAAGCGCUAUGGGGGACCCCUUGGCAUCACAAUAUCGGGCACAGAAGAGCCGUUUGAUCCUAUAAUUAUCUCAAGCCUCACCAAAGGGGGAUUAGCUGAAAGAACGGGUGCAAUCCAUAUAGGAGACCGAAUCCUCGCCAUCAACAGCAGCAGCUUGAAAGGGAAGCCUCUGAGCGAAGCCAUCCAUUUGUUACAGAUGGCCGGAGAGACUGUCACCUUGAAGAUUAAGAAGCAGACAGAUGCCCAGACAGCAUCCAGUCCCAAGAAAUUCCCCAUUCCCAGCCAUCUGAGUGAUCUGGGGGAUGUGGAGGAGGACUCCUCUCCAGCUCAGAAGCCAGGCAAGCUCUCUGACAUGUACUCCUCCACUGUGCCCAGUGUGGACAGUGCUGUGGAUUCGUGGGAUGGCUCUGGAAUGGAGGCCAGCUAUGGCAGUCAAGGCACUGGCUUUCAGGCUUCAGGAUACAACUUCAACACCUAUGACUGGAGGAGUCCAAAACAGAGGGGCAGUUUGUCCCCAGUCACCAAGCCAAGAAGCCAGACUUACCCAGAUGUGGGGCUGAGUAAUGAAGACUGGGACCGGCCUGCUGCCAGUGGUUUUGCAGGAGUUCCUGACAGUGCUGAGGUGGAGCAAGAGGAAAAUUUCUGGUCUCAGGCGCUGGAAGAUUUAGAAACCUGUGGACAGUCAGGAAUUCUGAGAGAACUUGAGGAGAAAGCUGACAGGCGUCUGUCUUUGAGAAACAUGAAUCUCUUGGCAACUAUCAUGUCGGGGAGCACGAUGAGCUUGAAUCAUGAGUCCCCAACACCCCGCAGUCAACUUGGGCGACAGGCCAGCUUUCAGGAACGUAGCACCUCCCGGCCACACUACAGCCAGACGACUCGGAGCAACACUCUGCCCUCAGAUGUGGGCAGAAAGUCUGUCACCCUGAGAAAAAUGAAGCAAGAGAUAAAGGAUAUCAUGUCCCCAACUCCUGUGGAGCUGCACAAGGUGACCUUGUACAAGGACUCUGACAUAGAGGAUUUUGGGUUCAGUGUAGCAGAUGGUUUGCUGGAGAAAGGAGUGUAUGUCAAAAAUAUUCGCCCAGCUGGACCAGGAGACCUUGGUGGCUUAAAGCCUUAUGACAGGCUCUUACAGGUUAAUCAUGUCCGCACAAGAGAUUUUGACUGCUGCCUCGUUGUGCCCCUCAUCGCGGAAUCUGGCAACAAGCUGGAUCUGGUUAUUAGUAGAAACCCGCUGGCUUCACAGAAGUCUAUAAACCAACAGACUCUACCGGGAGGAGAGUGGAGUGAACAGAACAGUGCUUACUUCCACCAGUCUGGCCACAGUGGUAAUCUGGAGACACGAGAACCCACUAAUACAUUAUAG